GACCCUGCACCCUGGCGCUUCUCCCUGGCGCGGCGGCGGCCACUUGGCGGCUGCUGGAGUAACCGCUGCCUUUGUUCCGAACGCCUUGUCUCUCCCGUCACCCUAUCCCCUCACGUUGUUGCUCUCCGGGCAGUGCGCCCCCGGCCCCGGAUCCCUCUACAGCUCGUGCCGCGCGAAUGCGGCUGCCGGGCCUGGGUUUGGGCUUUGCGCGGGAGAAGAGGAGCGGCGGUGCCUGGGAGGCAUGCGAUGGGGAACUGCUGCUGGACGCAGUGCUUCGGGCUCCUCCGCAAGGAAGCGGGGCGGCUGCAGCGCGUAGGAGGCGGCGGAGGAUCCAAGUAUUUUAGAACAUGCUCAAGAGGUGAGCACUUAACUAUAGAGUUUGAGAAUCUAGUAGAAAGUGAUGAAGGAGAAAGCCCAGGAAGCAGUCACAGGCCUCUUACUGAGGAAGAAAUUGUUGACUUAAGAGAAAGACAUUAUGAUUCUAUUGCUGAAAAGCAAAAAGAUAUUGAUAUGAAAAUUCAAAAAGAGUUAGCCUUACAAGAAGAGAAGUUAAGACUAGAAGAAGAAGCUUUAUACGCUGCACAGCGUGAAGCAGCCAGGGCAGCAAAGCAGCGAAAGCUCUUGGAGCAAGAAAGGCAGAGGGUUGUACAGCGAUAUCAUCUUUCCAAUAGUGGAGACUAUCAAAGUACAGGACCAGAAGAUGACUUUGAAUCCUGUUUGAGAAAUAUGAAGUCACAAUAUGAAGUUUUUCGAAGCAGUAGACUCUCAUCUGAUGCCACAGUUUUGACACCAAAUACUGAAAGCAGUUGUGAUUUAAUGACCAAAACUAAGUCAACGAGUGGAAACGAUGACAGCACCUCCUUAGAUCUAGAAUGGGAAGAUGAAGAAGGAAUGAAUAGAAUGCUUCCAAUGAGAGAACGUUCCAAAACAGAGGAAGACAUUCUUCGAGCAGCACUUAGGUAUAACAGCAAGAAGACUGGAAGUAAUCCUACAUCAGCCUCUGAUGAUUCCAAUGGGCUGGAGUGGGAGAAUGAUUUUGUUAGUGCCGAAAUGGAUGAUAACGGCAAUUCCGAGUAUUCUGGAUUUGUAAAUCCUGUAUUAGAACUCUCUGAUUCUGGCAUAAAGCAGUCUGAUGCAGAUCAACUGAAUCGAUAGGGUAAAAUCGUGGGACCUUAUUCAUUACUUACGACCAAAUGUUAAAACUCAACGAGAAUGUAUAAAUGGUUGUGCUGAGCCUUUUUGUAAGGGGGAAGUAAGAAACCAUGUUGUAAAUGCUUAUUGGAAAGGAGUAGAAAUGAUAGGAUAUAUCUGAAUUGCUUCAGAAUUAAGUGCAAUUUCAUCAUCUGCCUUCUGCUUUUCAAG